AUGACUUCCGACACCUCUCACCUCCUGCCUUCGAAUGGCAACCCCGCGACCGACGACGAAGAAAAGCUCACCGUCAACCUCCAGAUUGUGUCGCCAUCUCUCAGCGUUGGCCGCCCGUUGCACUUUCCGGAGCUUGCAGCGUCAACAACUAUCAAAGAGUUGAAGGAACGGAUCCGAUCAUCACUGCCACUUCGCCCCCCCGACGACCACCAACGUCUUAUUCACCGUGGGCGAGCUCUUGUUCGCGAAACUGAUACUCUGUCCGAUGUGCUGGGGGAAGAUGCUAUUCGGUCUCUAGAACAGCAGACUAUGCACCUGGUCGUUAGAGACGCCCCGAACGCCCAUUUUUCAUCAACACCAACUCCUACCGGCGGUCCGAGCCCAACCACUUCCUCGCCCGCGCCUGCCAACCCUCAACGACACUCCCACGGUAUUCCUUUCGGGCCACAGCCACCACCUGGGUUCCCACGAAGAAAUCCAACACAGCCAACUCCAGGCCAGUUUCCAUCGCAUUCUCCAGCCGCAACUCUUGCACCAAAUCUCCCACCAACUCUCCCUACACCUCAUACCCUCGACCCGAGCAUGCCGUUUCCUCACCAGCAACACAAUAACCAGCACCAGAACUUGUCGACAUGGAUUGGCCAAGUACAGCGGGAAGCUCUCACCAGAGCCCUCAUCAAUCAGAACCAAAGGAAUAGGGCCAAUGUAGGAAUGCGUGGGAUUGGAGAUGGGGUUCAUCAUGGCCAUGACACGAACAGCGGCAGGGCCAGUCCCGCGCUGGGACACUACUAUCGAGAACACAUCGGGCCAAAUGGACAGACGUUCCAGGUCGAGACUAUCAUUCGGGGAUCGAAUGCGGCUGCAAAUGGGCAGAAUGGAGCUUUGUCACCUGCCGACGUACAGAACCUCUUGCGUCAGGGCGACAUUUACCAAGCUACGGCUACCAUGACCAACGCAAUGCAGAGGAGUGCUUCGAAUGUCUCGCUGCACAGCCGGUUCAUGCAACCGACGGUGACUAACUCUGGCUACCCUCACCCGGAUUCGAGAGCUGGUAGCGGCAGGGCUACACCAGAGCCAACCGCGAGAUCCGUUAGCGGAGGCCAACAACCUGUUGGUCUGGGAUCAUCUACAACUCCUUCCCGAGGAGGAUACGACGUUUACGUUUUAUCCUCCCCAGAAGGGCCCCGAGCCCUUCUUGUUAACAACAGUAAUUCAGAAACAUAUUACUCUCCCCGUUUACCCACCCAAAAUAGUUAUCACCGACUAAGACAUCUGGUACAUCCUGAGGUCGGCGCGACAGAAAGCUCUCUUCCCCCUAAUGUCGAGACGCAACAUCAGAAUGCCCUCAGGGACCAACCGCCAGCUAAUCCGGCCCAAAACCAAGAUCAGCCUCCUGCAGAAGGAAAUGCCAAUGCGCAAGCCAACAACGCGCAAGUGGGAGGGCUACCCCCACUUCUCGUGCAAGCCUGGCCGCAUAUUUGGCUGGCCUUUCGUUUGGCUGUAUUUGUUUGGUUCUUUACGUCACCCACUGCAAGCUGGUCUAGAUGGUUCUCAGUCAUUGGAAUUGCGGUGUUGAUCUUUAUUCUCAGCGUUGGCGCGUUGAACAACAUUGCCGAACUUCUGUGGAGACCACUUGCCCAGCAGCUCGAGAAUAUGCUACCCCGACUCGAUCCCCAGGUCGACGUUCGAGCGGGAGCUCUCGGUCAGAAUGGUGUCGCAGCGGACGGAGGGCAGAACGCAGACCACAACCCGGCACAAUUGGCUGCUCGUUUGGUGGCUCAACAACGGGAACGGGAAACAUGGCUUCAAAGCCAAAUACGCCGGAUUGAACGAGCAAGUCUCUUGUUCUUGGCCAGUAUAGCUCCUGGGGUAGCUGAAAGACACAUUGCAAAUCUCGAAGCCGAGGCGCGGGCCGAGCGGCAACGAAGGGAAGCAGAAGCUGCAGCCGCUGAGGCAGCCGCCGAGGCAGCUAGACAAGCCGCGGCCAACGCAGAGGGCAGCAAUGAGAUCAGCCCAGAUACGCAAGAAAACCAGCCUGCACAAGAUAACCAUGGAGUCGAGGAUCUACGGGCAAACCAGGGUGGGAAUCCAGGCGGCCUGCCUGAGCUUGUUGCAAUCUAG